UUCCAAAGUUUUCCCUUUCUUUGAAAAAAAAUAAAAAAUCAUUUUCCCUAAAACCCUAAAGCCACCAAUGACUUGCGUCCCCAAGCUCCGAGUUGCCGCCGCCGUUGUUUCUUCCUUCGUUAAUCCACUCCGACAUCGGAUCCGGUUCUUUGGAUCUGCCGCCGCCUUGGAGAUCCCCUACGACGAUGAAUACUACGAGUACGAUCAAGCUCACUGGGACCGGCGUUCAGCUCAGCCGAAGAUUGACGUGGAUGGGUCGGCGACAGAGAGGGGAGUACAGUGGGUGCUUAUUGGGGAGCCUGGGGUCAAACGACAUGCUUUUGCUGAGAGGCUGUCGAAGCUUCUAGAAGUUCCACAUAUUUCAAUGGGUACUCUCGUUAGACAAGAGCUUAAUCCCCGCUCUUCUCUUUACAAACAGAUUGCAAAUGCUGUGAAUGAAGGGAAGCUUGUUCCAGAGGAUGUAAUUUUUGCUUUGUUAUCUAAAAGACUUGAAGAAGGUUACUAUGGAGGUGAAAAUGGUUUCAUUCUUGAUGGGAUUCCUCGUAACAGGAUCCAAGCUGAGAUUCUUGAUCAAGUUACUGAUAUUGAUCUGGUUGUGAAAUUUAAAUGCACUGAAGAAUAUCUGUUGAAAAGUUCAGAAAGUGAAGUUCUUCACAUAGGCCAUUCCAAAGAUGUAGGAACUUCCUGGAAGAAAAAUGUCCGUGCAUAUUCAGAGCAGGCCAAGUCGGUGGAGGAUUAUUACAGUAGGCAAAAGAAGCUUCUCAACUUUCAGGUAUCCGGAACACCGGCGGAUGCAUGGCAAGGUCUUUUGGCUGCAUUACAUCUCCAACAUAUUAAUGCUCUCACUUCUUCACAUAAGCUGACGUCGUGAACGUCCUUAUUCUUGAAAACUAGUGUUUACUUUUGGUAUUCCGGCAUCAUAGUAAAUAUGUAACUAUUGAGUGAUAGGCAAGUUUUUUAGUGUGGCAAACAACCUUUGUUGGAUUUGCCUCUGAAGUUAUGUUUCCCUUUUGUGAGUUACUAUGCAGUUUGAAAGUAUGUAAUGUAGUUUUGGCCAAGGGCAGAGAUGAUCAUUGUCCCAUAUAAUCGCUUCUAAUAUAAGGAUUGCUUUGUCUUCUUCA